UGUUUCUUUCCUUUCUCUCUCUGUUUGUGCUUCUUUUCCUUCGCUGUUUGUGCUUCUUUUCCUUCUGUUCUACAGUUCAGAAGGAUCAUUAAACUCAGAAAAGAUCAAGGCUUUGAGCACAAGAAGGAUCAUUAGUUCUACAGAUCCUUUUGGAAAGAAUGUAUAUUUUUUAAUAAACGAUGUACAUGAUCAGUUGUUCAUCACUUUAUCAGCAAAUGGACAACACUCACAAAACUGAAAGCCUCGUCAAUCUUCAACUCCUCAAAUAAUCAAGGCUUCCAAGUUCCACCACACCCACCACUCCAUCUCCUCAAAUAAUCUAUCCAUAUCGUUGUCUGGGACUCUGGGGUCAAUAUAUUAUUCAUUAUCUAAUGGUAAAUAGUGCGCAAGGAUUAGACAUCACUUCAUCAAGUCUUCAGUUCAUCGCAUACGUAUGCUCUUGCGUAAUCCUCUGUUCUAAGUACUACCUGGUCGAUCUACGUCCCUACAAAUAGACGUCUCACAACUUACACCUGCUUAUAUCUCCCUCAUCUGAGUUUUGGUGAAUCUGAGCCUUCUUUGUCUUCUUUUUACUACUUCGAUCUAUCCAAUUUGCUCGCAACUGAAACAAAAUGAGCUCCGAAAUUAGUGCAGCAAAUGGAAAUGGGAACUGCUUGGGAUGGGCCGCAAGAGAUGCUUCCGGAGUCCUAUCGCCUUAUAAAUUUAAUCGAAGGAAUGUUCAAGCCGACGAUGUUUCCAUAAAGAUCACACAUUGUGGAGUUUGCUAUGCUGAGGUCAUUUGUCCAAGGAACAAACAUGGAGAUGCAACCUAUCCUAUGGUGCCUGGACAUGAGAUUGUUGGCAUUGUGCAAGAGGUUGGUCCAAAUGUUCAUCGCUUCAAAGUUGGAGACCAUGUUGGGGUUGGACCUUAUACCAACUCAUGUAGAGAUUGCGAGUAUUGUAACGAUGGCCAAGAAGUUUACUGUGAUAAGGGAGUAGUACUUACUUAUAACCGUUUUGAUUACAAUGGCACCAUCACCCAUGGAGGGUUCUCCACUUUCACUGUUGUCCACGAAAGGUACUGCUUCAAAAUACCAGAGGACUAUCCAUUGGCUUCAGCAGCACCACUGCUUUGUGCUGGCAGUACUGUUUACUCUCCCAUGAUGGACCAUAAGAUGAACCAACCUGGGAAAUCCCUAGGCGUGAUCGGCCUUGGCGGUCUUGGUCACAUGGCUGUGAAAUUCGGCAAGGCUUUGGGACUCAAGGUAACUGUUUUCAGCACAAGUAUGUCAAAGAAAGACGAAGCUCUGACUCUGCUUGGAGCAGACAAUUUCGUCAUAUCAUCCAACCAAGACCAAAUGAAGGCACUAGCUAAGUCACUUGACUUUAUCAUUGACACAGCAUCUGGUGAUCACCCAUUCGACGAGUACAUGUCACUACUGAAGACUGCUGGUGUUCUAGUCCUCGUGGGUGCCCCAAGUGAAAUCAAAUUGAGCCCUCUAAGCCUUAUUAUGGGUAAGAGAUCAAUUACCGGUAGCGCAGCAGGUGGUACAAAACAGAUUCAAGAAAUGAUAAACUUUUGUGCCGCUCACAAGAUAUACCCAAACAUAGAAGUUGUUCCAAUUCAGUAUGUGAAUGAGGCUAUUGAGAGGCUCAUAAACAAGGAUAUCAAGUAUCGCUUUGUGGUAGAUAUUGAAAACUCCCUGAAAUGAAGAUGGUAAAUGGGGAAUAUCAUUUAGAUGAAAAGAGAAGUGGAUUGGAAGCAUAUAUGGCUAGAAGUGGAUUCUUCCAUUAUUCUUAAUUUUCUUCGCUCUCCUCAUUUGGUGCCAUGACAACUUAGAGUAGAGUGGAUGAAUUGCUUGCACCACAUUUCUCAGAUGCAUUUCCGGUCCUCACAUAUCUUUCGUGAAGGUAACAGAGUUGCUGACAUCUUGGCAAAUCAUGGUUACUACUUUAACAAGCUUAGUUUGGUGGGACGUGACUCCUCCAUUCAUUGUUUCGA